GAGGCGAGCCUGGAGCAGCAUACGGUCCUGGAGCUUCGUGAGAAGCUGCGGAAGCUCCAGCUCCCAGUGUCUGGAAGGAAGCAGGAGCUCAUCCAGCGUCUCAAGGAGGCACAAGCGUUGCAAGAUGAAGCAGAGCGAUCUGCGCAACCAGCGCAGCCGUACCACGAGAUGAAGGUGGUCGACCUUAAAGAAGCGCUGCGAGCGCUUGGCAUGCCGGUCUCUGGGCGAAAGCCCGAUCUCGUGGCGCGCCUGGAGGCAGCUGGAAAGGAGGAAACCUCUCCGGCACAUUUUUCCGAGAAGUCCUCAGACACUGACGACGUUGACGUGUUGGAGUCUGGACAGGUGUCUCUGAGCAAUUUGCGCGUGGGCCAGAAAUUGCGCGGAAUUGUGCGGCGCAUUUCGCAAUGGGGCGCCUUCGUAGAGAUAGGCGCUGGUGCAACAGCUCUGGCACGAAUCUCCCGAAUGGCCGAGCGUUAUGUGGAGGACGUCUACGAUGUGGUACCUGUGGGGCAGGAAGUGGUCGUGUGGGUAUACCGCAUUGCGCCGGACGGCAAAAUCGGCCUGUCCAUGAUCGAAUAUCCACCUUCGAAGCUGAAGGAUCCCGUCUCUUUCUUUGAAGAUGCGAGGCCAUCCGAGUGGUUUACAGCCACCGUUCGUUUCAUUUCCCACUGGUCGAUCUUCGUUGAUGUUGCGGUCCCCGAAGGAGGAGGCCUGGUCCAGGGCAUCCUGCACAAGUCGCAGUUUCCCUAUCCGGAGAAGGCAGUGAAGGGCCAAGAAGUCGAAGUACGAGUAGUGGAGAUCAUCUCCAAUACAGGGACACUUCGACUGACAGCCAUGAAGAGGGGCAGCCGGUGA